GAAUCUGAUGGCCAAGGCUGUCCUUUUUGUCGCUGUGAAAUCAAAGGAACUGAACCAAUCAUUGUGGAUCCCUUUGAUCCAAGGGAUGAAAACUCCAGGUGCUGCAGUAUUAUUGAUAGUUUUAGUAUGCCCAUGUUGGACUUGGAUGAUGACGACGAUAGAGAAGAGUCUUUAAUGAUGAAUCGUUUGGCUUCAGUCCGAAAGUGCAAUGAGAGACAGAAUUCCCCAGUGACUUCCCCGGGAUCUUCCCCUCUUGCACAAAGAAGAAAACCACUUCCAGACCCCCUGCAGAUUCCCCAUCUUAGUCUUCCACCUGUACCUCCUCGUCUGGAUCUUAUUCAGAAGGGAGUAGCACGGUCACCGUGUGCCAGCCCAACUGGAUCACCAAAGUCUUCUCCUUGUAUGGUGAGGAAACAAGACAAACCUUUGCCAGCACCGCCACCUCCCUUGCGCGAUCCUCCACCACCCCCACCGGAGAGACCCCCUCCAAUUCCACCAGACAACAGGAUAAGCAGACACCUCCAUCAUCCGGAAAGCGUGCCUUCCAGAGACCAGCCCAUGCCCCUUGAAGGCUGGUGCCCCAGAGAUGUCUUUGGGACCAGUCAGUUAGUAGGAUGUCGAAUAGGCAGUGAUGCCUCUCCCAAACCAGGACUGACUGCAAUUUCAAACAUAAAUGGAAGACACAACCGCGUAAGUUCUGACCCGGGAUUUAUGAGGAAACAUAGACGUCACGAGCUGCCUGCAGAAGGUGCCAAGGUCUUUUCAAAUGGUCAUCUGAUAAAUGAAGAAUAUGAUGUCCCUCCACGGCUUUCACCCCCUCUUUCAGCUGCCUCCAUCAUCCCUAGUAUAAAGUGCCCUGUUCCUUCUGCCAAUUCUCUGUCUGAUAAAUCAAGGGACCACACAGAUGAUGAUGAUGAAUACAAAAUUCCUUCUUCACAUCCUGUAAUAUUGAGCUCACAGCCACCUCAUACUCAUAACAUAAUUCCUCUUGCUCGGGUGUGUGAGAAUGGCCAAUGCGCUGGAGUAACAAAUGGGACCCACAGUACUUCAUCUGAGAUGAAAAAAUCAAAGCAUCCGGAAUUAGGAGAUGUCUAUGAUGCACCUACUGUUCCGGUACCUUUGCCACCUGCACGGCCUCCUACCAGAGACAACCCAAAACACAGCUCUUUGCUCAACAGGACACCCUCCGAUUAUGAUCUUCUGGUGCCCCCUUUAGGCGAAGAUGCGUUUGAUAGCUCACCCCCUUCACUACCACCACCGCCACCACCUGCUCGGCACAGCAUGAUUGAGCACUCAAAACCUGCUGGCUCAGGAAGCCGACCUUCUUCAGGACAUGAGCUGUUCCUUCAUUCUGAUCCCCAUUUUGACCCAAUAACUGGUCAUGUUCCUUUGCCACCUGCUCGUAGAGUAGCUGCAGAAAACAUCAAAACAAAUAGGACAUCUCAAGACUAUGAUCAACUUCCUCCCUCUUCAGAUGGUUCACAAGCACCAGCCAGGCCCCCUAAACCACUUCCUCGGAGGACUGCUCCAGAAAUACAUCACAGGAAAGCAUACAGCUCUGACAGUUCCACAGAAAAUGUGGAUGCAAAAAUUGCAAAACUUAUGGGAGAGGGCUAUUCCUUUGAAGAAGUCAAGAGGGCACUUGAAAUUGCCCAGAAUAAUGUUGACGUGGCCCGUAGUAUUUUAAGAGAGUUUGUCUGUUUUCCUCCACCGGUCUCCCCACGUCUCAAUCUAUAGCAGUGUCAAGAUAUUCUUGGAGCAUGUGAAUUCUGCAUAUACACGUGUGGAUUGGGGAAUGAGAGAAAGAAGAGAAUGGAAUAUUUUUCUUUCAUCCUUAUUAGAAGGGUGUUUGUUUCCAGCCGUUUAUCAAAGGCUCAUGGCUGCUCUGAUCAAGACUUAUAAAUAUGCUGAGGCUUAUGUAUUUUUGCUAGCCAUACUUUUUUAAAUCAGGGUUGAACUGACAAAAUAAUUUAAAGAAGUUUACUUCCCUAGAACUUUUAAUCUGUGAAAUGCUUUUUCUUGUUUACAAGUUGGCAAGUUACAGUUUUCUAGAUGAUGCUUGUAUUAUGUUCCUGUUUGUAUUCCCUUGUACUUAUGGUCAGUUCUGCUGUAGCAUUCCCAAUAGUUUCCAUGCUGACCAGUCCAUCAACUAAAUCAUCACUUUCCA